AUGGCACGUUCUCAAUCCGCCCUUCUGCUGCUAGCACUCAUUGGUCUUGCCGUCGUCUGCUCGGCUCAAUCACCCGCGCCGAAAACAACAACUUCGCCCAAGACAACUCCCGGGAAGGCCGUGGGAGCACCAUCUCCGCCUGCAGGGAAGGCGCCGCAGACGCCGUUCGACGAGGCGAUCCAGAAGCUCAACAAUUCGGGUUACACCAACUUCGUCUCCCUCGUCAAUGCUUACGGCAAAAUCAAGGAGGUUAAAGCCGCACUCUCCAAGCCGCUGACGAUGCUUGUGCCUAGCAACGAUGCAAUCAGCAAGGUGAAAAUCACGUCCUACAAAACCACGGAGCUCGCAGCGCUUGUCGGAUUCAGCGCGUUCAAGGAGGUCAUCCCAGGCGACGUGCUCAAAUCGCUGCCCGAGGGAAAAAACAUCACCACGCUGACCACGUUCAAAAACGGCAAGCCAAUGACGCUGCAGAAGCUGGCGAACAACAAGAAGGGCCAGGUGGUGCUUCAGGGAAAGAAGGGCAGUACGAUGGCAAUCACCAAGCUAAACUUUUACGUCAAAACUGGAAAGCUUAUCGUGCACACCACGGAUGCCAUCGCGUUUCCCACUACUCUUGACGGGAAAGUAAUGUAG